AUGGACGAGCAGGUUGCGACAGGGAAGGAGCCGCCGCAGCGCGUGGAGCUGGUAAAAAAGUGCCGAGCCUCGCUGCAGCUCGUCCAGGGCAACCCCUACGAGACGAUGAGCCAGGAGAUUCACAGCCAGUAUGACUCGAUACUGAUUCUGGACUUUGGGUCCCAGUACUCUCAUCUCAUCACACGUCGUUGUCGUGAGCUGAAUGUGUACUGUGAGAUGCUUCCUUGCACACAAAAAAUUGCAGACCUGACUUGGAAGCCCAAGGGUAUCAUCCUUUCGGGCUCACCCUACUCCGUGUACGACGACGUGGCACCCCGCGUAGAUCCCGCCGUUUUUAAUUACGGUGUUCCUGUGCUUGGUAUCUGCUACGGCCUGCAGGAGAUGGCGUGGAACCACGGCGGCAGAGUCGACGCUCAUGACACCCGCGAGUACGGACAUGCCACAAUGGACGUGGUGCAGACGGGCCAUGCUACCAGCGAUGCCCUCUUCGCUGGUAUUGGAAAUGGAUUGACUGUUUGGAUGUCCCACGGCGAUCAGCUGUCCAAAAUGCCCGAGAACUUUGAGGUCAUUGGUCACACGUCGACAGCCCCCUACGCAGCGAUUGCACACAAGGAGAAACCCUUCUAUGGUGUUCAAUUCCAUGCGGAGGUGACGCAUACACCCUGUGGCACCGCUAUCUUUGAAAACUUUGUGGAUCGGAUCUGUGGUUGCAAGCGCAACUGGACGAUGGAGACAUUUAUUGACAAGGAAAUUGCGCGUAUCCGUGAGAUUGUCGGUCCGACAGGCCGUGUGAUUGGCGCCAUUUCGGGUGGUGUGGACAGCAGUGUGGCGGCCAAGAUCAUGCACGAAGCGAUCGGCGAUCGUUUCCAUGCAGUGAUGGUCGACAAUGGCGUGCUCCGCAUGGACGAGGCGAAGCAGGUGCACGAAAUGCUGUCGGAGCACCUGGGUGUGCAGCUGACCGUGGUGGAUGCGUCGGAUAUGUUCCUGGAACGUCUCAAGGAUGUGGAAGACCCUGAGCGCAAACGCAAGAUUAUCGGAAAUACGUUCAUUGAAGUGUUCGAGCAGGAGGCUGAGCGCCUGGAGAAAGAAGCUGAAAUGCAGGAGGCUCAGGCGGCCCCUGGUCAGAGCAAGGGCAAGUACGAGUUCCUGCUCCAGGGCACGCUCUACCCGGAUGUCAUUGAGAGUAUUAGCUUCAAGGGCCCGAGCGCCACAAUUAAGACACAUCACAAUGUGGGUGGCCUGCUGGACGUCAUGAAGUUGAAGCUAAUUGAGCCGCUGCGCGAGCUUUUCAAGGAUGAGGUGCGCGAGCUUGGUAAGCUCAUGGGCAUCCCUGAGCACCUGGUUAUGCGCCAUCCCUUCCCAGGCCCUGGUCUGGCAAUCCGUAUUCUUGGCCCAGUCACCCGUGAACAGGUCAAGCUUUUGCAGCAGGCAGACAAGAUUUACAUCGAGGAAAUACGCAAAGCGAACGUGUACAAUGACAUUAGCCAGGCCUUUGCUGUGCUGCUGCCUGUGCGCGCGGUGGGUGUGCAGGGCGACAAGCGCACCUACGACCAAGUCAUUGCGCUCCGGGCCGCAGCGACGACGGACUUUAUGACCGCUACAUGGUAUCCGUUCGACUACGAACUUCUCGCGCGGAUCUCGAACCGCAUCACCAACGAGGUGCAAGGCGUAAACCGCGUCGUGCUGGACGUGUCGUCGAAGCCGCCUGCCACGAUUGAGUGGCUGUAA